AUGCUGCGAUCAAGAGGACAGAAGAAAUCUGUCAUGGUCGUUGCUGUCAGCUCCCCGUACGACUUUGCUCUAGACAAGACCAUUGGCACCUACAUCUGCACUUUCGAUUUCACCGAGAACGCCCUAAAUGCCUUGGUGCGAGCCCUGUGUGGAGACUUUGUACCAAAAGGCAGCUUGCCAGGAACACUGAGGAAGAGCAAGAAGGUUCUGAAGUCUCGUCAAAAUUGGAUUGUGGAGGAGUACGACCGAGAGCGAGACGCCGAUGGCCUUCAUGAGCUCAUCAAAGCCACCGCACGAGCGAACUCGGCCGAUCUCGGUUGCCUAGGAACUGCUACUGCAGCAUCGUUUGAGCUCUUCAAUCCGAAGAUCGACGAGACGCACUUCGUCGUCCGGAACAGCAGUACAAACGCUUUGUACGGUUUCGCUGCCACGUAUGCCAUUGACAGGACAGGCAUCCUCGGCGCCAUAUUCGUGGACCCCUCCAAGAGAAAUCAUUCCGUGGGACGGUCUCUGCACCGAAGAGCCAUUCGACACCUCACCAAGAAGCGAAGCAUCAAGAAGGUCCAGCUUGGUACCUGUUUCCCAGGCAUAUUUCUCGGCAUCCCCAUUGGGGAGGGCAUCGCCGCUUCCUGGUUCGCAAACAACGGUUGGGACAUUCAAUUUCCAAAACGCCUCACGAAUCUUGUCAUCGACGAUUUGAGCACCUGGACCGUUCCUGAAGGUCUCUUGCAAGGGAUUCAACGGGCGAGCAUCAGCUUCGAUCUGAUACAUGGUCUCGACAAUGGUGAUGCCGAACGGGUUCUUUCUCAUGUCAGCCAGCACGCAACUGCUGAGGUGUUAGAGCUGUAUAGGUGUGCCCUUCAGGAGACAAAAGCUUGUGGCAUCGUCCGAGCCAAGAAGGCAGAUGAUACUUUGCUUGGUACGAUUAUAAUUUGCAGCCCUGGGAGCCCGCUGGCAACUUAUGUCCCGCCAUUGAUGCCAUGCCGUGGAGAAGGCAUCGGCGGGGUGCUGGCGCCCGUCGUGCCACCGACAUCCCAGGACGUUCUGGUGUUACAGGGGCUGGUGCUGAUGGGCACACGACAAAACAAGGCGCACAAGUCGGCCAAGACGGUGUUGAGUUGGGUUCAGGAUGCUGCCUACGAACAUGUUGUUGCCAUGGGCUUCGAAAUUCUUCAGUCAUUCGAGGAGAUCACGAACACUCCAGAUACAUCGUCGCUCUAUAUUUUAAGGCGUGAGAAGGCCAGGCCGAUUCGGGGUCCAGUAGGGGCGUGGCACGGUUAUAACGGCAACAGUCCGAACCGACCCCAUUCGAUGCUUCACAUUCAGAACCUGGGUGCACAGCACAGAUUGGGUCUUAACAAUUUGCCGAUGGUUCCAUCAGUGCAAGCCGGUAGCCGUCGCAGAAGUGACUGA